AUGUCCACUGCUGGCCAAGUCAAUGGCGCUCUUUUCCCGGAUCAGAUUGACCCGGAGCGGGCAGUCGAGAGCCGUCUUCUGUGGAUGAUGAGCAUCUAUGCUGUGUUGCAUCUUCUGGCCAUCGUCUUUGUUGCGUUGCGUGUCUAUACGCGACUCUUCAAAAUCAGGGAAUUUGGGAUAGACGAUGCGUUCAUGGUCUGCGCCGGAGCUCUAGGGUUCGGCGGCGGGCUAGUGGUUCUCAUAGUCAUGGGGACUCGAGGUGGGCUGGGCAGGCAUAUCGAUACACUAUCGCAAGAUGAGAUCACGAUAUUCUUCAAGAUGAAUUUCUUACAGUUGGUGACAUCAACUCUUGUCGGCAUAGCCUGCGUCAAGAUCUCCAUCGGAGUCUCGCUUCUCAGACUGAUUCCCAUCGGCUGGCACCCAAGAGUGAUCUUGGUAACUAUAGGAUUCGUCGUGGCGUACACAAUCAUGGCUCUUCUAAGCGCUUUCUUAUACUGCACUCCGCUUGCAGGUUUUUGGGAUAGGAGAAUCCCGAGUACCUGCUUCGACAGAAACCUCUGGGUUUUCUUUGCCUACUUCAACUCAUGCUCCAACGUCCUGACGGACUUCAUCUUUGCCACCCUUCCGAUCUCCGUCAUCUCAACACUUCAGCUGCGGCGAAAACUACGAUACUACUUGAUUUAUAUAAUGGGCUUGGGAUACAUUGCGGGCUGCUGCGGAAUUGCGAAAGCAGCGUGCCAGACUAUUUUCAGAUCGAAUCCUGAUCAGACAUAUGUCGAACUCAAUAUUGGCAUCAUUGCCGGCUGCGCCCCUACACUUGGACCUCUUCUUCGCGGUCGGCUAGGACUCAGUAAUAGGGAUAACGAAGAAAACAUCUACACUCAGCGGUCGGGAGUGCCAAGAAGUACGCACGGUUUACCGGCUAGCAAGUUCGGCUAUGUCAAGGCAGCAAGCCUCUACGAACAACACGAACUAGACAGUGGUGCCAGCCAUUUCAGUAGCCAAAAAGGACCAUGCGUAGCCAGCACAAGUCUCCCAGGACACGACAGCUGA